GGGGGGGCGGAGGGGCGGGGAAAAAUCUCCGUGUGGUCUGACCGGACCAAAUGUCGCUUUUUUGUGAGUGGCUGAUUGGGGGUGCGACGGGGAUGUGGAUGUGGAGUUUUUUUUUUUGCUUUCUUUCUCGAUGCAGCCACAUCAUACCUACUCUGUGUACACUCGUCCGUUGGCUUGGGCGGGGUUUCGCCCAGCCGGGAGCAGGAAUCGUUCGGGCACAAAAGCCCGAGACAGCGGGGCCGGGCCGGAGACGGACACGGAGACGGACAGAGACAGACACGGAGACGGACACGGAGGACGGACGGACAGGAGGAUCACAUCGGAUGGUGUGCAUUGGACGAGUAGCCUAAGGAGUAAUGCACUUACUUAUUUAGGUAGAGUAUGUAGAGUAAUAGAGUAGCUGG